AUCGUUGAGCGGUUUCACUGCUUUCGGAAUGGAAAACAAAAGCGAAUUUCUGUGUGUGUUUUUAUUUUCACGUCAACCCAGCCCAGGCCAGGCCAGGCCAGGCCAGACCAGGCCAGGCCAAGCCAGGAGGUUUUGUCUGUAGUGCUCGAUGGAAAACUGUGUUAGCCGAAAGCCCAAUCAGGUUGUCCCUUACAUAGUUCGAUCCUUUUUGUAUGAUUUUAAGUUACAGCUCUGCGUAGUUCAGUACCAUUUUACAAAUAGAACGCACUAUGUUGUUUUCGGGCAUCGAUCAUAUGGUCGUGCAAAAAGGAAGAAUAGAGACAAACUAAAUUAUAAAAGCGGCACGUCUACCUCAAGCUACCGUCGCGCAUCGGCCGACCUGGGAACAUAGUUCUGUACAAAAUCAGUCUACUCAUGCCGGACCAUAAGAUAGUUUGCAACGCAUCACGAUAGAGACCGGCAUCGACUAUCGCAGUGAUCGUUAUUUUAUUUGGAAAAAAAAUAGUUCGAUGACACUUUCGUUACACAGGUCUCUAUACUUAGUGACUCAUAUGAGUCAAGUGGUUACCCUUGGAUUCUAUGAGAUCUAAAUACGAUACCUUUGUUUAUUUACGUAGCUGUGUAGCUGAAAACACCUUUUAUCAGAAUCAAUGAUGCAGUUGAAUGAGCCGCUAGCACGUACAUUGUGCUUCGACGUUAUGCAAUCAACGACGGUUGUGAGUGCUUUGUGCGACCUUGACAUUACGUUACCGGCUUUUCCACUUCAAUACAAACAGCGUUUAUUUUUCAUUAAAACGCUAUUCUAAUCAGAAGCGUUUGCCUUUUUUUCACAGCAGCGAGCCCUAUGUUUCCUGUAUUUAUCUUCGAUAGUUGGCUACUCCUUGUUCGGUUGCAGACACAGUCAAAGAGGAACUACUUCUUACGAACCUAAUGGUACUUGCUUUACAUAUGAAUAUGUUUAUAAAUAUUCGAAUAGAUGGCUUCUUCCACUGCGGAUUUCAAUCAAGGCUCCGCGUGUUCUUUUUCUCGAUGGUAAACUCUUUUCCGUAGUAGAACUCGUUAGUUUUACCUUAGCGACGCAUCCUCUGGGAUCGUCGAAACGCGAUAAACACAAACUACUAAGUGAACCUUUUUACAACCUAAUGUACGGCGGUACCGAGACGCCAUGACAACAAAGAUGGCCUAAAAUAUCAUAGAUGCCUGCUGGAUUCAAGGUCCGAGUUCGACGAUAUCGUGUGAUACCGUUCCACUGAACGCCUCUUACGUUUCAUACACCAUUAAUGUGGAGUGGAAGAGUCCGUUUAGCCUAUUCAAUAAAGACGUUUUACCCGGAAGUAUUCGAUUUAGAGCUGAGAUAUUUAUGAUUUCGUACAGAAUACGCGUUUUGCUCCUGAAUGAUUUGAAACUUCAUAAUAUAUAUAUUGCUGUUUGUUAACAAUCACUAUUAUUAGUUUGAAAAAAACGGUCCAGCAUCGCGUAACGCCUCAGUUGCUAAUAUUAUCAAUAUAUAUAUAUAUAUAGAUUAUCGUUACAUUGUCGUGAGAAUGAAGCCCAAAAGAAUUGCCACCACAUUUCAGACAAUGGUCCACUCUGUAUCUUAUGCUAAGGUAUACCAUAUAUCUUAAUGAAUUUGGAGUUGCCCUACAACAGACACUUGUCGACGAAUGAAAAUUUUUACAAAAUGAGGAAAUGUAUAUGUGUUUAGCUGACUCAUUGCUGAUAUGAAGGUGGCCAACCAAAACCACAUGAGACUAAUGGCCGACAGCGCGAAUACCCAGUAUUUGGCAGAUUUCCACAAAACGUUCGUUAGCCUAGACGGGUUCAGAGCGUUCACCCAGUCGACGGGUCGACAGGGUCAACCGCGUACAGACCUGAAAUCAGUGAAGUUGGCCGGUGAUGCCGGGCCGCACUUCAUAUUACUAGCAGAUGGAAUAAACAAAAUGUGUAGUUUCUACGCAUACGUAGUAACGAUAAUAUAGUGCUCUAGGCUAUAGUUUCUCAAUUGAUAAUUCUCUGGACAGAAAAUCACCUUACCAUUGUUUUACUGCAUUAAGAAUCUUCUUGAUUGACAUCAGAAUUCUGCUAGGCCAAGAGCUGGUGUCGGUCACACAGAAGUGAUUGAAUCAAGUCACUUAUACCUUGCGUUUUCCAUUCAUGCUAAUCUGAAUAUCUUGUUCAACAUUUCAAGAAGAAGGUUCGAGUGUCCUUUUCGUUGAAUCUAAUUCUAGUUACUAUGAAAAGGUACUCGUUUAUGUUUAUGGUGCAGCGUAAUUGGUAACUUUCUCCUAAACGACAGUAACUAUAAAAUUGCCAAAUUAGAGGGAGUUGUCUUUCACAAUGUGGAUCCUUAAAAUCUUUAGCGUAAAGAUAGGCGUAGUAUAUAGUUGUGCUACCAUGAGCAACAGCUGGCCUUGUGUAUAUAUAUGAUAUAGUGCACAAGUAGGUUGUUUAUUUUUACCGACACUCGAUGGUGUCCUUCUAUAAUGGCUUUGCUACACCGCAAUAGCUGCAAACAAUUAGCGAUCGUUUGUCAAAUAUAACAGGUAAAUCAGCUACACUGGCAAUGCAGGAAACCGAAACGUGAGAUUUUAGUCAUUUUUUCGGCUGGGCUAAGUCGGCCUGAAGUAGGUCCGCCGCCGAGACAUCAACGUUGGCCUUUUUAAGACGUCUCGAAGAUUUUGCUCAUUCUUGAAUUCGUGUUAACGCGGUGCUAAAUAUCACCACUUUAACAGCUUUCUACUAGAGAGGUAGACGAAAAUAAACAGGUCUCAUUCUUUCAUUAUUUCAGAUCUUGACUGCAGCUGUUACGUCUACCCGUAGAUGUAGUGUCUAGUAGUAGCGUGUCAUGAAGUGUGCAUGAUGACGAUAAGCGUUGGCUGCACGUUCACCGUUGUAGCUCGUCGCGGCGAGACAGUGCCAGGAUUUUGUGCUUGCGGCGGUUGCCCAGCCUUUGACGUGACACAAUUUUUCUCUAAAGCAAGUGCCCCAAGGAUACUAUGCAGAUUAGAGGAUGGCAGCGUACUUUUGUUGCUGUCCACAAGCGUAACCCCAUGUAAAGUAGUUGUGAUUGAAUGUCUAUUCGUGGGUUUUGACCUGUAUCAAUCUAUGGUUGUUUAUGGUUUAACUAGUUUAUGAUUGAUCUAGAUAUGUAUAUAUAAUUUAUGUUUAAUACAAACGCGGGAGCGGUUUGCAUCGUAGCAGCUCAAGGGCUGACAAAAGAACGAAAAAAGAGCUAUAUAAGGUAGAUUACUAAAAGCUUGUAACGUUCAUUGAGACGACUUAGUGCUGGUCGCAUUCACGUCAUGUGUGCGUGUGUACACUUAGCUCACUGUCAAAUCGUUUAUUUAAUUUGCACGCCCGUCGCAGGAACUAUAACGCAUCCGUAGCAUGUUCGAUUUCAAAACAAACUCUUUGAUCAACGACGGUCAUUCAUGAAAGGGGCAAAAUACGACUCUUUGCAGAAAGAAAAUCUGCUUAGCGCUCAACACUACACGUAGUGAUAAUGGCGAUGACUUUGGUGGGCGCGGGACAAUCGAUGUUCAACUGGACUUCGAGACAAAAAUGGAGGCAACCGCACCUUUGAGCCCCGCUACUUCGACGACGACGACGACGGGUGUAUCCAGUGGACCUGUUCAAGUUUCAACAUCCCCCGCGUCUCCAACGGCUUCCCGAAAUCAGAACAAAACUCACAGACGAGAACGAACGUUUUCAGCUUCAUCCAAUAAAGGUGAUCCUCCGGUAAUUCGCACUCGACAGCGGACGAUCUAUACAGCUGGCCGCCCGCCAUGGUACGAUAAACAGGGUCAAACCGUCGAACCAUUUAUUAUAGGCAUCUGUGGUGGCAGCGCUUCCGGAAAGACAACCGUAGCCAAAAAGAUCAUUGAAGCCCUCAACGUGCCCUGGGUCACGUUGCUUAGUAUGGACUCAUUUUAUAAGGUUCUCAAUGAGGAACAGCACGAAGCCGCCAACAAGAACAUGUACAACUUUGAUCACCCGGACGCAUUCGACUUCGAACUGCUCAUUGACACAUUAAAAAAACUAAAAGAGGGUAAACGUGUGGAAGUACCUGUCUACAACUUCGUCACCCACUCCCGCGAGAAGCGUUUCAAAUUUAUGUACGGGGCAAAUGUAAUUAUUUUUGAGGGCAUCCUUUGCUUUGCGCACAAAGAGUUACUGGAAAUGAUGGACAUGAAAGUGUUCAUCGACACGGACUCUGACAUUCGGCUGGCCCGACGUCUGAAACGCGAUAUCUCGGAGCGCGGUCGAGACCUGAUCGGCUGUCUGGAACAGUACGAAAGGUUUGUUAAGCCUUCCUACGAUUUGCACAUCGCGCCAACAGUUCGACAUGCCGACCUCGUAGUACCGAGAGGCGGUGAAAAUAAAAUUGCCAUCGACCUUAUCGUACAGCACGUGCAUGCCCAGCUGCUUGCUCGCGGCCUAAAACUGCGUUCAACCCUCGUCGAAGGAUAUAGCGAUCAGCCGAUGCCAACCAGCCUGCACAUCCUAUCCGAAACUCCGCAAGUGCGUGGUAUUCAUACGUUCAUUCGGAAUCGCGAUACUGAUCGAGACUCGUUUAUCUUCUACUCGAAACGACUGAUGCGUCUGCUUAUCGAAGAGACGCUCUCGUUGCUACCGUUUAAAAAAAUUGUCGUCGAAACGCAGCAAAACUUAGUGUAUGAAGGAAUGAAGAGCGGAGCGGGUAAGAUCUGCGGUGUUAGCAUCCUGCGCGCUGGGGAAACGAUGGAGCAAGCACUAUGCGAUGUAUUAAAAAAUGUUCGCCUUGGUAAAAUUCUUAUUCAGACAAAUGUCCUGACCGGCGAACCUGAACUUUACUACCUACGGCUGCCAAAAGAUAUCCAGGACUACCGUAUAUUUUUGAUGGACGCAACUGUAGCAACAGGUGCGGCAUCGAUGAUGGCGAUACGCGUCCUUCUCGACCACGACGUACCCGAAGAGAAUAUCACGCUAUGCUCACUGCUUAUGGCUUCCUCUGGCGUACACUCGAUUGCAUAUGCCUUUCCCAAGGUGCGCAUUGUUACAACUGCCGUUGAUCCAGAGAUCAACGACAAGUUCUACAUCAAGCCAGGCAUCGGAAAUUUCGGGGAUCGUUACUUCGGCACUGAGGCAAUCUCAUACAGCUAAAAACAACUAUUAACGAGAUCUCACAGUUGCUCAUUUAAUCAACAAUCUUGCUUUACCUGACCCUGUCCGACCCGCGCGCCUAUAAUCGCUGCUUGCGACUCAGUUUCUUAAUAAAGUAUCGAUUAAGCAAACGAGGAACUGAGCGUCAAAAGCACACAAAAUACUGUCCCUAAGCGGAACAUUGACGGAACGGCCGCCAGGAUAAUAUCUAGGCGGAAAGUAUUUGCUAUAUUGAAUUGUUUUUGCAAAAGUAAAUUGAUUUGUAGACAUCUGUGCGGAAUAGCGCACAAUGCUAGAAGUCCAUUGGCUAUAUGUCAUGGCGAAGAAGCAACUAGGCGUUGACACUGAGAAACGGACUAUUUUCAUCGGUGUAUUAUAACGCCGUGCUCUGGCAGCGUGUCUCAGCAUCCUAAGUUUCAACAACGUAAACAUAACAAAUAAUGGGUGUAGGUGUAUUUGAAUAGCUGGAAACAUGAAUAAAGUGGAUGGAAGACGACCAGAUGAUAUCAAGUUUUCUUGACUCUCGGCGUUUGAGCAUUUGCCGAAUUCAAGCAAUACAAAAACCUAUGUUUUUGUAUAUAUAUAUAUAUGGCGUACUAAAUAUAUAUAUAUAUAUAUAUAUAUAUAUAUGCGCUAACUUCAUUCUAUAGUUAAGGAGAAGAACAAAAAAAAAAAAAAAAAAGAACUUAACCUACCCGAUCAAUUUUAUCUCAUCUAUUGUUACAACCGAAUUCUUAUAGAAUUCCAUACGGAACUAUGGACUUAUGUGAAACUUUUGUACGAGGAAGAGGAAUAUGGGUAAUAGGUGUAAGGAAUAGUUUGUUUUUGAAAGUUCGCAGAAAAAGGUGUAAACGAUAUUAUACGGCAGACUGUUCAAAUAUAUACAAGUACGUAUGAUAGAUACUUAAACACGGCGUCUAAUUACUAGUCGUUAACAAGCAUGCGGGAAGCUCUGGGUCAUCGUGGGAGGGACUCCCAGAGGACGCCGAGUCCAUUAGGCUAAUUGGAAGGCCCAGAUAUGGUGAAUAGAUGUUUAUAGGUCAUGUGCAAACAAUUGUACUGCUUACGAUGAUGGCUGACAAUAAUAAAUUCUGUAUGAUAUAUAUAUGUGCAUCGUGUGUCGAUUCUUCACUGAUUUGGCCGUUGUCCUUUUCAAUACGCCUGAUCCAGUCAAGUACGUACGCAAUGAUCCGGGAAGACUGAAUAGCAAAAUGUAGUGAAUGGCGCUUCUUCGAACAUGGUAUCGGUUUGGUAGUGAACUAUGGAGAUGGCACAAGCUCAACGGGUAGCAACGUGUAAAUACGAUAGCUUACGACUACUUGAUAGCCCUAUUGUAAGCCUUAAAAUACGUCGGGAAAAUGAGCACUGAGGAAGUAUUAAAGCUGGCCGUAUUUGUUUUCGACAGAAGUUGCUUUCGCUGCCGCUGGAAUAGCGCCUGUUACUAGGCCCAUUCCGUAUGUGUGUACCCACGUUUCAGGUACAGCGAGUCAGCUAGAUCUAUCCGUAAUGAUAUUUCGGAAGUAUAGGCACAGAAUAGGGAAAACGAUCAGCAGAUAACGCAGUUUUUAUUAAAGGGUAAUCUGUUCUCCUUAUCAAUUAUGAGAAUAGGGAGAACCGAUGUUAAUACCGUUAAUGUUCGUGCGACAGUAGAAUUUGCGUGCACAUUUGUAGAUAACAAAGUACUUUGUACACUGACUGUGCCAUCUAUGAUUAGAGCCCUUGGCUGUAUUUUCCAGUCGUUUGUCCGAGCUGCCAACAAUAGAUAUUACUAUGAACAUAAGGUGUAACAUAAGAUGUACAUUACCGGCAUUUUCACAAUUUACCCGAAUCGUUAGAGAUUUUAAGAAAGGAAAACCGAUAUAAAAAUGUAUUUGUGUAAGCGCUCAACUAGUCUUCGCUGUCACUACACAGAUACGCACUCUAGCCCUAGAAGACUGUAUACGUAUUACUUUAUACAGAAAUGUAACGCAGAAGGGAUGUUUUCGACAGUCCAUUUUACCAAGGCCUGAUAGGCGUCCAGUGUCGUAUUUUUCUUUGCACUGUUUUGUAAAUUGGAGAUAGAUAGUGAUAUAAUUAAGCAUUAAGCAAGUGACUUGGAUGGCCAAGUUUCUGGA